CCCACAUUGAAGCAACAAGUCAGACUACAGUUCCUCGAUAAUCCUCUGAUCACUAGAAUUCUUGUUUCACUCCUCGCAGCGAAGAAGCAAAACUUUGGAAAAACACCACAGCGAAACCUUUAAAGAUAUACUUUUCCAGCUCUUGGAAAAAAAAUGGCGAAAGUCAGCAUUUAUUUGAAAAGUUUGCUGAUCAUCUUCAACGUCUUUUUCUGGGUUUGUGGAUGCAUCAUAUUUGGACUUGUGCUACUUGCAACAAGAUUCUACCCUGAAGUUGAAAAGGUGGAUGGAAAAGACGUCACUCGUGGGAGACUGUUAUUGUUGGUAGUUGCUGCCGUAACCAUGGGGAUUUCUUUUCUUGGAGUAUUUGGCGCUUAUAAAGAAAAGAAGUGGGCACUCCUAGUGUUUUUCAUAGGAACAUUAAUAGGCUUCAUCAUCGUUUUGAUUGGAGCAGUGCCACUGGCUGUUUACAAGCCACAGGUAAAAUUGAUCCCUCUUCGUAUUUGUAUUCAUUUAUAAUUGCAAGUAGAUAAA